UGAGUGGCCCCGCCUCCUGUCCUGUGUGAGCGGCGCGCUGUGCAGUCACCCUAGUAGUAGUGAUACAGGAAGAGAGAGGAGCCAGUCAGCAGCCGGUCACCCUGCCUGUGGGGUUAUUAUAGCAGUGACAUGAGCAGAGCAGGUAUGCGCCGUCCUCCAGAGCAGCAGGGAGGCGAGAGCACAGCACGCAGCACCUGUCUGCCAGUGUACUAGGCGCCGUGCUCCCCUGUUUAAGUUCCCGUGUCAGGGUGGGAAGGAAGCGUCCUCUGUGUGUAUAUGAGAGAAGAACACUCCAAUGUUGAUUUUUUGUUUGGAAAAGUGUGUGGACUCUGCCUGGGUUGCCACACCACAAAGUGCAAUUGCAAAUUUUGAAUCUCCCCAUCCAGAGGGGACAUAACAGACCAUGAAAAUGGACAUGGAAGGAGUUGAUAUGACGCUGUGGCCAGAGGCUGAGUUUGAGGCGAAGUGUACAUACAUAGUGAAGGAUCAUCCAUGGGACAGCAGCUCAGAUGGAAGUAAUGUUGUACAAGCUCAAGCGUCAUUGCCUAGGAACUUGCUCUUUAAAUAUGCGUCAAGCUCCAAAGAGGUGAUCGGUGUCGUAAGCAAAGAGUAUAUCCCAAAAGGAACUCGCUUUGGACCAUUUGUUGGGGAGAUAUAUACAAAUGACACUGUUCCCAAAAAUGCCAAUAGGAAAUACUUUUGGCGGAUAUAUUCAAAUGGAGAAUUUAACCACUUUAUUGAUGGUUUUAAUGAAGAAAAGAGUAACUGGAUGCGUUUUGUGAAUCCUGCACAUUCCAUUCAAGAACAGAAUCUGGCAGCCUGCCAGAAUGGCUUGAAUAUCUAUUUCUACACCAUCAAACCUAUCCCAGCCAGUCAGGAGCUGCUUGUGUGGUACUGCCGGGACUUUGCGGACAGACUUGACUAUCCUUCCUCAGAGGAGCUGGUGAUGAAUCUUAAGCAAAGUCUGAUCAUUACCGAGGAGCAGAUUUCACGGAAAGAGAUGACCUAUCAAAAAAUGACACCCAAAAAAGAGCACAGUGUGAAAGAGAUCCUCAAAAACACAAAUCAUUCAAAGUCCAAAGAGGUACUAUUGAACAAUAUUGAUGUUGUCCCCACUGAAAAAGAAACCACAGACCUGCUUAAAAACUGUAGCCCUGAAAGGCCUUUCUUCCCAAGGGUUGUGUAUCCUUUCCGUUCCCACAUUCAUGAAGACUACUUAAAGGCCUCUGUGGGGUACGGCAUGGAGAGACCAAAUUAUAUGAUGCAUUCACCAAUACAGCCAUCUACACCACCAAGUCCUUCAGCAAGAAGUAGCCCAGACCAAAGUUUUAAAAGCUCAAGUCCCCACAGUAGUCCGGGAUCUGCAGUUUCACCGCACCAUUCAUCUCAGGACAACAGAGAAAUGUAUCCCUUUCUAAACAGACCAUACAGCACUGAAGGACUGGCAUCCUUCCCCAGUUAUGCACCCCCAGCCAGUCAUCUACCACCAACAUUUUUAUCUUCCUAUCACUCUUCCUAUCCAAAGUUCCUGUUACCACCAUAUGGUAUUGGCUGCAAUGGCCUUAAUACACUGAACAAUAUAAACGCCAUGAAUAAUUUCAGUAUUUUCCCAAGAGUUUAUCCAUUUUACAGCAGUAUGCUUGGAGGUGGUAGCCUCUCACAUCACAUGCUCAAUCCUGCAGCCCUUCCAGGUUCCCUCCCUCAUGAAGGAGGACGCAGGUUGAUGCAACCUGACCAACCUCGAGACUUUCUCAUUCCUGCACCCAAUAGUGCCUUCUCCAUCACAGGCGCUGCUGCUAGUAUGAAAGACAAGCAAAUCAGUCCAACAAGCGGAUCACCUACUGCUGGCACAGCAGCAAGCUCCGAGCAUGUAAUGCAACCUAAACCUACCUCAGCAGUGAUGACCACAAACCGGGAAGAAGCCAUCAAUUUGAUCAAAAGCAAAAGGAACAUGACUGGCUAUAAGACUCUUCCAUACCCACUUAAAAAACAGAAUGGGAAAAUCAAGUAUGAGUGUAACAUUUGCUCAAAGACAUUUGGACAGCUCUCAAAUCUUAAGGUGCAUCUCCGGGUACACAGUGGUGAGCGACCAUUUAAAUGUCAGACAUGCAAUAAGGGAUUCACGCAGCUGGCACAUCUACAGAAGCACUUUUUGGUACACACAGGGGAAAAGCCUCAUGAAUGUCAGGUAUGUCAUAAACGGUUCAGCAGCACAAGCAAUCUAAAGACUCACCUACGGCUACAUUCUGGAGAGAAACCCUACCAGUGCAAGCUGUGCCCAGCAAAGUUCACCCAGUUUGUUCAUCUCAAACUUCACAAACGUCUUCACACAAGGGAGCAUCCACACAAAUGUGUUCACUGCCACAAGAGCUACAUCCACUUGUGCAGUCUCCACGUCCACAUGAAGGGAAACUGUCCUGUGUCCCCAAGACCUGGUCUCACUAAGGAGGACCUAAGUGUGAUCAAUGAGGAGAUUGAGAAGUUUGACAUCAGUGACAGUGCAGACAGAUUAGAGGACAGUGACAUGUCACCAGCAGUGGAGAAAGAAAUAAUGACUCUCCUGAGAAGAGAAAUAGAAGGUGCCAGUAUGAAAGUCUCUGUAUCAAGGAGCAUGGGAACUGGAAUAAUUACAUCUGGGUGCAACUUUUAUGAACAAUCUGACUCUGUCAUAAAGUUGCCUCAUGGCACCCCCCUACCUCUGUUACCUGUAAAGGUCAAGCAAGAAUCCAUUGACCAAAUGGACUCUUAAGACUAAAGGAAAAAGUGUUAUUUAUGGAAAGUUGGGGUGCCUGCAGCAGGUCUUUGUACAAAUGAAACUGCUGCAACGUAGUCUUGGCUUGUGAAUGGUAGAAGUCUCCCAGAAGACCAACUCCUAAUUCCAAGAAGGAACUCCGAGAUAAAUGUAUUCUCAGGGCAUGGAAAGAGGCAGGGAUAUGGGUAUUGCCUACUCACUUAAUAUUAUUAUAAUUAUUAUUAUUAUUAUUAUUAUUGAAAGACAAUCAUUUUAUCUAAUUAUUUGUCAUUGAAAAGUACUUCAUAAUUUAUUAUGCAAUUUAUCAUUACAAAAGCAAUAAUUUGAAAAUGUUUACAAUGAUGAAAGAAAUCAUUGUAAUCCAAAAUAUAUUAAAGAAAAAAGGUGUUUUUUUUUUUUUUUUGUGGCAAUUGAUGUAGAUACUUUCUACAGAUUUUGUUAUUACUUUAAACUAAAGCAAAUCUUCACAUUGUUGCAAGUCCAGAAUCUCCAGACCAAUGAACAAGAUUUUGUUACCAAAGCUGGACAUUAGAUUUGUAAUUAUUUGUUGUUUUUUUAAUUAUUUAAUUUUUUGUCUUUUUCCUUACAUGUUCAUUUAUUUUUUUUGUUUGUUCCUCUUCAUUAUUGCCCUGUCUCCCAUGGGGCUUUGCCGAACAGAAUUACUCACAGCUAAUGAGAGUAUCAAAGAAAGUGCACAUGAGAUGUUGUGGUGAACAUUUCUUGCUACUUCUAUAUCUGUAUUUCUUACCAGUCAUACAGAAAAUCCCCCCUCCCAGAUAUUUAAACUCCAAAAAAUAAUUUAAACUGUGUAUGUAUGAAGUUCAACACAGUUUCACACGUCCUAAAAAUGGUCUUUUUAAUAUUUAAAUGCAAAUAUUUAAUAAAAAGUAAGGAAAUAUGUCUAUGUUUUUAUACAGCUCCUCUCCAGAAAAAAAAACUAAAAGCAAAGUUUUUGUUGAGGAUUGAUUAUAUCUCUCGGUCCAGUAGUAGACACGGGUAAUAAGUUGUUGUUUUUUUAUUGUUACUGGCGCCCAUCUCAUUUAUUUUUCUGUGAGUCAUUUCCUUCAGUAUUUUGUGUCUUGUACAUUUAUUUGUUGUGGUUAAUUUAAAUGAAAAGGGCAUUGCAAAGUUGUUCAACAAUUUUUUACCUCAUUGCUUGUGUCCAGUGGUGCAGAAAAAUAGCUGGUUCAACCAAAAGCUUUGUGACUUCAAAGGAGAAACCAAAUAUAAGCAGUUAUAUAAGACUGCACUUACUCUUCUACUGUUGCUUUGCUCUCUAACUCCAAAGAUAUUCCAUUGGCAGCCUUGAAUAUUGGGAUAUGCCCCCCUGGACCUUCAGGAAGCGAACUAGCAAUAGUCCUUUUUCUGAACCAUGUAGGCAUUUCAGCUAAACAACUACCCCACACAAUAAAGGGGUUUAUAGCAAAACUAUUUGACCAUUGCUGCUGGAGCCCCCUCUGCUGGUGAUGUUGUGUUGUGUCACAAGGCCGAUUGCUAGGAAUAUUCAGCCUUGUAUGUUCGCUUCCAUAUAUAGCAUAGCACACUUUUGAAAUGCAUAAACCUAAGAUGUACACAAACCAGUAGCACUGAUCAUUUCUGGCAUUGUAAUGUUUCCAAAAAAGCCAUCCGCUAAAGCAAUGUCACAAUAUCUAGGAAAGGUACCAAAAAGACAGCUUUAGAAGAUCAUUACUUGAUACGCUGUGUAGAAGCAGUGAUCUGAACUAAUGUAGCAACAAUUAAAGUAUUAAUGUAAUAUAUACCAAAGUAUCACUACUGUCUGUGGGCAUACACUUUCCUUACUUGUUGCCAGUAGUGCUUUUUUGUAUUCACUUCAAAGACUUAUUGUAUGACUUUUUUUUUUUUUUCAAAAUGCGUUACUUGGUUUCUUAGUUUCUUUAAUACAAGUGAAUGUAGCAAACAGUGGUUUCUAAAGUGUUUUUUUUUUUUAAUAAGAAUAAAAUCUGACCAAAGUUUAACAGGCUUUUUACUUUGAUAGAACAACGAAUUUCUUAUGUUUACA